GAUUCCUAUUGGGGAUGUUUUGAACUCGAUCGAUUUGGUGUUCUGCCGCUAAGCAGCUUAAGUGAGCUGCUACGUAAUCAGUAGUUGCUUUAGACGAAGCUGUUCUGAUUCACAGUAGUGGUUCUGGCUCCUGUUUUUCUUUGGGUUGAUUUUGAAAGUCAGAAAUUCUGGAAAGAUGAGCAUUGACUACAGUGUGUGGGACCACAUCUAUGUCUCCGACGAUGAAGACGUCACCAGUCCUUUCGUGGACACACCGAGCUUGUUCAGAAUGAGACACCGGGCCAGGCUAGGGAAGAUGGCUGAGUUUCAGCAGAGGGGUGAAGAUCUGGAAAAUAACUUAACCGAAUGCCAAAGGCUGCUGAAAGAAACGCAGGGACGACUCCAGUACCUGGAAGAUCAGAGAAAAGAGGGAGCGGAGGAUGAGGAGCGAGAGACUGAGUUAAAGAAAGUCCAGGCUGAGGUAAAGAAACUUGAGAAGGAUGAAAAGUCCUUUCUAGGACUCCUGGAAAAACAUCGGCGUGAUGAGAAGAAACUGCCCUGGAAUGUGGAUACUAUCAGCAGAGAAGGCUUCAGCAAGAGCAUUCUCAACAUCGAGCCUGAAAUUCAAAAAGGAACACAGCAGGAUAAAGUAAUGAAGCACAAGACGUUUGUGGAGAAGUAUGCCAGGGAAAUUAAACACUUUGGUAUGCUGCGGCGUUGGGAUGACAGCCAGAAGUAUCUGUCUGACAACCCGCAUCUUGUCUGUGAAGAGAGUGCUAAUUACCUUGUCGUCCUCUGUAUUGACUUUGAGAUAGAUGAGAAACAUGGUCUAAUGGAGCAGAUUGCACACCAAGCCAUCGUCAUGCAGUUCAUCUUGGAUUUAGCUCGGACUCUGAAAGUUGACCCAAGAGGCUGCUUUAGACAAUUCUUCUCAAAGAUAAAGACUGCAGAUAAACCGUACCAGGAAUAUUUCGACCGUGAGCUGGACCUGCUGAAGGAGCGGGUCCGCCGGUGUGCGCAGGCCCGUAUGGAAGGAGCUAUGAAGGAGCUGGAGGAAGAGGAAAGACAGAAAAGAUUGGGCCCAGGGGGUUUAGACCCAAUAGAAGUCUAUGGAUCACUCCCCAAGGAAAUGCAGAGGUGUUUUGAUGAGAAGAACAUUGAGAUGCUGCAGGAUUUAAUGGAUAAGCUGGGCCCUGAGGAGGGAGGGUACCACCUGAAGAGAUGUAUUGACUCUGGGUUGUGGGUCCCUGACUUACCUGAGGAAGAAGAUGAGGACGAAAUUACAAACUAAACUUGAUGUGUUUCCAAAUGAUUAGGGAGUAAUGUACACUAAAACUAGCUUUACAGUGAUUCGAUUUAUACAAUUAUUGUAUGUCUUCAGAUAUU